AUGUUCUGUUCUUUCAUGAGCUUCCCGGACGAGACAGUUAACAAGAUCUCCGUUGUUGGCGAGCUACUGCCCAACUGUGAGGCGAGGAUCACGGCCCAGGAUUGCGUCGUAGAAACGACCAAAAUCAACCCUGGAAAGACGGCGUCAGCCAAGGAUAUCAUAGACUUUAUGGCACAGCGCGUUGAGCCUGUCAAUCGCAUUACAGGCGGUGCUGUUUUCCGGAAGUCUAUUCCAAAGAGCCCAUCCGGUAAAACAUUGCGACGACAGCUACGAGAAAUGGCCAAAGAGAAAGUAGAGGGCAAUCGUUAA